CUAUCUAUCUAUCUAUCUAUCUAUCUAUCUAUCUAUCUAUCUAUCUAUCUAUCUAUCAUGUGAGAGAGGAAUAAACAAUAAACAUGAUCACAGCGCCCUCUGCUGUUGUUAUUGUUGAAAUACAGUGUUUGGUGACGUCACAUCAUGGCGCGACACUUACUGUCUGUAAACUUCAUGUUUUGGUUCACUCGAGGAUAUAAGAACAGUCAGCGACUCCUUAAACACACAUGUUGUGGAUCCGACGCCUCGAAUCUGUGUGUGACUCACGACAGACUGAAUCAGCGUUUCACAAUCACUCUCGACUGCGACGGAGCAGCGAGUAGUGCAGUGCUGAAGUACACUAUCACUCAUGAUCAGCUGGUGGAGUUGAUGUCUACUGAGGUCCCUCAAUCUCACAGGGGUAAAGGUGUUGCUGCACACCUGGCGAAGGCGGCUCUGGAUUUCGUUGUUGAAGAAAAUAUGAAAGCGAGGAUCUCCUGUGGUAGGCUACAUUAGGAAAUAUGUGGAUGAAAAUCAACAUCUUGGAUACCAGGCUCAUAUUGAAGAUCAAUAAAGGCAGAAUCAAACCUUAUUUAUCAGAUUUUA